UUCCUCGACAGUUUGCUGAGAGAAUGCGUCUCGCGCGGUCGCCAUGCGAGAGUCGAUACACGAAAACGAAUUAAAAAAAUAAACUAACAUCGAUUCCGAAUUCAAAUUUUCGAGGGAAAAUAGUCGACAUUCGAAAAAGUUUAGUUUUCCAGCCAGUUCGGUUAUGAUGUGGUUGUUUAAGCGUACAGCAAUGUGGUUUUUAUAUCUGUGAUCGUACGGGUGUGUUUUCUGUGCACUGUGCUUGAAGGCCUUUGGUUGUUUUUUUUUUAAUUUUAAAAAGGCCGAGCAAUGUGGAGGCUGGUUUUAACGGCAGCGCUGCUAGCGACCGCGCGGUCAAAGCAGUUACCAUCGAGUUCAGAAUUACCGAACACAGCUAUAGCAUCCGUCACCGAAUCGAGUUCCGAGUGGCCGGGUGCGCUCGCGCCUCUCGACACGCUGGCCGUCGCGUGCGAGAAGGACAGCAUGCAUGUCACCAUCUCGCUCGCCACUAGCCACGCGAAUAGUAUAUACGACACUUUCAAUGGCAUCGUGUACCCAGCUGGCCUGGGCUCGAACUCCACAUGCUUGCGGGAGUACGUGUCGGCGCGGGGCGACCUGCAGUACAGCCUGCCCUUGAAGGGCUGCAACACUAUGUCGACUGAUAACGACGAUGGCACAGUAGAAUACUACAAUAACAUCAUAGUGCAGCCGCACUUGCGGCUCGUGACCGGCCAGGGACGCGGCUACCACGUGCGCUGCCGCUACCGCCGGCGGGACCUCACGCUGUACCACCUCCACAGGCCGCACGCGGAUCGGCUCACUGCGAACGGCUUUGAUAGUGAUGAAUACGAUGAAGAGUCUGGUCUCUUGCCUUCUGUCACCAUGAAGAUUUUCAAAGGCGAUCCACAGGACAAACAGGUGGCAUCGAACGUACGUAUCGGCGAUACGCUUACCCUUGUUGUAUCGUUGGAGAAACAGCGCAAAUACGGUCUGCUCGUGUCGGAGUGCUCCGUGCGGGACGGGCUCGGCUGGGCUGAGCAGAGCCUGAUCGCAAACGAUGGGUGUCCGCUGGAGAGCGAGAUAAUGGGCCGCUUCGAGUACAGCGGGCGCUCGCAGGAGGCGCGCGUGGCGUUCCCCGCGCACCGCUUCCCCUACACCGCCAGCGUCUACUACACGUGCGAGGUCAAGCUCUGCGACCUCAGCCACCCCACGGAUUGCGAGCCCUGUUCCCACAAGCGGAGCCGCCGCGACACGGGCGAGGGCGCGCCCGCCACCGUCGAGGUGUUCUCCGGCCUCUACGUCAACGAGGCCGACUCGCCGGACAACGACGACGUUGUGAGUGAGAAGAAGGAAGAUGAAAUCUGCAUAUCGCAACGCAACUUCGCUAUCGGUAUAUGCGUGGCCGGUGUUAUUUUGAUGAUAUGCGUGAUCGCUGCCAUAGCUUUCAUAUUAGCUAGGCGACGAAACCCCAAAACUUAUUCGAGAACCGGCAGCUCGCUGUACAGCGGUCCCUACACAAACACUGGCUAUUCACACACCAGUUAAAUAAAUAUGUGUAUUAAAAUAUAAUUUCACGUGCAUUUUUUAUUCGUUAAUCGCGUAUCUAUUACCGUCUCUAUAAUCUGUGACAAUCUCCAGCUGUCAAGUGUCAAAUGUCAAAAACUUGGCGCCAAUUGUGUCGAUGUGUGACAGUUGACGUGUUUAGUUAUAAGUGGAACAACGAAUGAAAUACGUUUUUUUUAUUGUUUAAUUUAAAUACUUUUAUACAAUUUCGGCCAUUAUUGUCUGUACCACGGUUGCGUUUUACGCAACGAUUCAGUCAUAAUAUAAGUAUAGUUAUUUUAGGCUAACUACCAUAAAAAUACCCGUAUAAUAUUAAUAUUUUAUCUAUAUUUGUGAUAAUCAUCCGUCCUCUAUUUAUAAGUUUAGCAAUAUGUAAUUAAUGGAAGGUUGCCUUGCAUUACGUAAUAAAUAUAGAAUGUAGAAUAAAUAGUCAUUUCAUUGGUUAUAAAAAGCCGUUAAUGUGAUUUUUAUGUCUGUGCGAGGAGUUAUUGGAUUUUCUUUGACGUGAUUUUUAGGUGAUUUUCAUUUAUGUACAAUAAACAACUAAAAAAUUGUCCGAAAUAAAACUCUGCCUACGCGUGUAUUAGGCAGAAUUUUUUAUAAAUUGAAAGAAUGGAUUGAACAUUACUGCCAGGAAAUAAGUUUUCAAUUUGAAUGUAUGUUUCAUAAAACAAUUCUCGGACAUUUUUUUACGACGUUAUAAGCGAUCUUAAGUUGUUUAUAGUAUGUCAAUGUCAGGGUUUUUUCUGCAAUUUAUUAUUUUAUCUAUAAACUGCCAUGACCCGGGCUAGGUGGAGGGAUUUUAAUGGUUUGUGGUCAUUUGAAAAUCAUGCUCUUUAGUUUAUGGGAAGUGGAAUUUGUUUAACUUACAAACGAUUAUCUACUAUUAAACUGUAGAUGCAGUAGGUAUAAAAGUAUGCAUUUGAUUUGAUUUUAAACUUUCAAAUUAUCAAAAAAAGCGUUCAAAAUCUAUAUACGUGGAAGAUUUCGAACAAAUUAAACGAAUGUUGAAAUAUUUCAAAUGAACGGUAUAAUAUUUAAAAAUCGAAUUCUCAAUAUUAGAAAUUCCACUUUCCAGAGCGUCAUUUCAAAUUGUCAACAUGUAACAUGGUUGCCAUAGUGUUUCCUUGUGUUUUAUGUUACAUAAGCGUCAUAACAUUUAGAAAUUAAAGACUAUUAUAAAGUCAUCUAUGAAGUCUUCAAAUAUUAUAGUUAAUAUAACGAAUAGACAUCGCUAUUUUAAAAGUCUUUAAUUUCUAAACGGCUGCCAUACCUAAAUGUUAAGAUUUUUGCAAUAGCAACAUUAUAUCCGUCCAUUAGGUGCUAUUUUACAAUGCUUAUUUCGCUUUAGCUUAGACAACGAAUAUUGGUAUUCGUUUCAUAAUUACUCCAUUGUUGAACUAAUACUAUAAUUUUUUUUUUUUUUAAUAACAAUGGGGUUCUGGAACGAUAUCGCUGUUAUGUACGAAUUUUUAACAAAUAUACUGACUUUAAAACGA